AUGCUGCUAUGCCGGUAAAAUGCUUUUGGAAUUCAGCUGUAAUUGGCCCUUAAACCUCUUGUCAAACAUUAUCAGGUCCUAAUUAUAGUUCGUUAUUAGGAUUAGGACUGGAUCACUGAAUGUUAAGACUAUAGCACAGAUUGUACAUUGGUUUUUGAUGGAUCCAAAUGCUAAGACCUCAAAUUAACUUGUAAAUAAUAUGCAGGUUCAACCUUAAAUUGUACAAGAACUGCUACUUCAAAAUGUUAUUUAAAAGGUUCUAUUUGUAUGACAAUAUUAAAUGUUGUAUCUGAUUGUGCUAAAAUAACUGGUACAGCUGGAACAAUAACCUAUAGUCUUAUAACAGAGGAUGCAGUGCCAAUCAAGCAAGAAGUGGCUGUGUAUAAUAAUAUGCUCAGUGUUCAGGAUACACAGCACUGGCUUCAGAUAAUGUUAAAUGCAAAACAAAGGUUUGAGAAGAUUUUACCUUUUCCACAGAUGCUUUAUGUAAACAAGCUAAUGAUUAAUACACAACAAAUGGAAUAAAUUGUGUCAAAAGAGGAAUAUGCAUCUAAGCUUUAAGUCAAGCUGAAUCUAUUUUAUCUGCAACAGGUUAGUAAUGUGAAUGAAUACUAGUUGUUUUUAAUGGAUCAAAUGUAGUAACUUCUCCUACUUAUUGUAAUUUUACAAUUUGAGAGUAUUACAAGCGAAUUUGCAUGUGCUGAUUAUUUUACAAAUCGUACAACAAAUAUUGGUGGAUGA